AUGGUAUCGUCUGAUCUGGGUGCUGCGAGUAGUGACAGCAAGUUUGUUACCUUCCAGCCAACCAUCACCAUUGUGCGCUUUCAUGAGCUUCGUACGGCAGCGGAACGAUGGCACUCGAUUCCUGAUCGCAGACGCUUCAUCCAGCAAGCCCGUGAAGAAGCCCAGCAUUGGAUUGAUAAGGGUUGUUACGAGUUUCUCCUGAAGGAUUCCUUUCACGAAGGCAGCGACGAGUUGGCGCAAGCCAGGAUGAACGCAUAUGCGCAGCUGCCUGGGGAGGACUACUGUCGUGGGUUGGAACGCCAUGUGUGUCGGGAACAUGGACUCAAGAGGGAUUCCUUCAAGAAGGGUGCUAUCAGAGCAAUCGUCAAUGAGGGGAGGAAACGCAGGGAUGCGGGUAUGCCUCUGGACAAGUCAUGGUACCAGUUGGGCGAGAUAUCCAGGAAACUAAGUUUCUUGGCCGCACGGUUUGCACGACGUGUGGGGACUGCAGAUGAGAUUGUGGUUCGGCUGGGGGAAGACGCCUCCAAGGUGGAUAGGCUGCGGAUGGAUGCCGAUCCCAUCCAAAAGCUACGACAGCACAGGGAGUAUGAGGACCCGGCCUUGGAGAGCCCCGUUAAAAAGACCAAGGAGAUCUGUGUUGGCGCUUCAGGAGAAACGAGCGUCGGCGAACAUCAAGCGCUGCAGGUGCAGCGCCAGAACAAUCACAGCGCACAGUGCGCAAUCACAGCUACCGGUAUCAAUGGUUGGUGCCAUGGCCCUAGGGAAUCUAUCAUUAAUGUACCUGGAGUGAAUACAGGAGGAAUCAGCAGCGACUGCUGA